AUCCGAUUUAUUAUUUAAAAUGAAGUAUUAUAUAUUGCUCUCGAGUAUAAUAUUCCCUCUUACAGUCCCUUCGAACCUUCGAAAUCCAACUCUCCCUCUCCGUACAAGGCUCUCCCAAUCAAAACCAGCUGACUGCUCAGGAAGAAUUCCGGCCAUCUCAAGCUCAUUUAUUUUUUCCCAGGGUUCUUGACUGAUUCCCAGGUCGGCUUCAGCUUCAGUAGCAGCUAGUGGAAUGGGUGAAAAUUGUUAGGAGUUAACCCAUCAGGGAAGAUUUUCGGAGCCGUUGAAUUGGUAGAGCGAGCCUGCCAGAGUGCUGUGGACUCUGCUCUGUGUACAGUAAUCUUCAGGAUAUGGGAUGCAUAGUGUCUACACCUAAGGAUUCUGGUGGAAACAGGAGGAGACCAGCAAGUAUAGGAGAGCUUUCUGUCUAUGUUCCGGGGUUUCGAAUACCUAAACCCGUUGAUUUCUCUCAGGCUCUUGGUGACCACCUGUCGAAGAACUUAGUUGAAAGACUCUCUGCUCUAAGAACCCGGAUUGUGGUUAUGGCGGGCCAAGAAGCACCGACUGUCACUAGAACUCGAAGGAGAAGUGCUACACAACAUGGUGGUUCAACGUUGGCUGAUCUUCAUCAGGCUCUUGAAGAAUACUUGCCUGUUCUUUUGGGUUUGGUGAAAGAUGGUAGCCAACUACAACACAAUAUCCAAUUUGUGUGGGUAAAUCAAGAGGAUGAGGCAGAGGAAACGGCAAUGUCAAAUGCAUGGUAUGAGGUACUGUCUGUUUUGCACUUGAUGGCAGUUCUAUCAUUAUCACAGGCAAACUUGUUACUUCUCCCAAGAACAUCGGCUGAUGGUUAUCAGCCAAAAGUAUCAGAAGAAAGCAGGCGGGCAUCUGUUGACAUAUUAUUGAAGGCCGCUGGGUACUUGGAUUGUGCAGUUAGGCAUGUUCUUCCACAUUUACCAGCUGCCCUGAGGAGGGACUUGCCAGUCGACCUUGCUGAAGGAGUUCUUCGAGCACUUUGUCUGCAGGCCUUGGGGCAGACCGUUGAUAUCCAACUUGGGAUGGCAAUUGAUAGUGCCAAAGCCACACUUGCAGUGAAACGGAGGCUUGCUUGUGAGAUGGUUAAGUACUGGCAGCAGGCUCAAGAUAACAUAAUGAAUCUUCCGCUAGCAAAUGGUUGGGGAGAAAAGCACCGACUUUUCAUUAAGUGGAAAUAUGUGGAAGCAAGGGCUGGUGCAUACUAUUACCAUGGCUUGAUCCUGGAUGAAGGCAACACUGAAAAAUCUCAUGGGAUGGCGGUGGCUGCAUUGCAAGCUGCAGAUGAAUACUUCAAAGAAAGUAAAAGGGCAUGCGAGGCAUUCAAUACAGCCACUCCCACGUCCAGAAAUCCACCAUUUUGGGGAACAAUGAAGUACCUGUCGGAGAAAAUUCCCAGAGAUACUUCCAGCAAAGUGCGGAUAAAUCGUGAUCUCUACUCGCACGAAAAGAUCAUGGAAACGGCGCCUACUUUGCCAGAUUUUGCGUUAGCCCUGAAACCUGACGACUAUCAGCUUCCUGCAGUUGAUCACUCAUGGAACGACGAAAACAACAGAGGGCCGGUGGCAACAAAUGCCAACCAACUCAAUAGCUGAAGGAAGAUAAGAGGCUUAUAUAAUACAUUUCCAGGAAACAUGCGUAUUCUUCAGGAGCAAAAACGUCCAACUAAUUCAAACAGGGGAACGGCCAUUGAAAAAACAGGGGCAAUCCAAUUCUUCCGACAUUAUAGACGGCACAAAAGGGACAAAAUCGAUGGUCUCAUUGUUCUUUCUCCAUUCAAGUUGUCGACCAAAAUGUGUUUGUUGAAGUCUCUGUUGUGUGUAAAUUAGGUCUCUUCUUUCUGCUGAUAAAAGAAUAUACUUGGUGUUCUUAUGCAAAGGCAAUGGAACUAUUCCCGCCUUCCCACCAAAACUUCUCCUGCGUGUAAAACUGAAAUCAGGGCAAUAAGAGUUCAUUUCCUUUUUCCUACAUUGUCGAUCAGAUAUACAUGACUCUAAAAGGAAAUCAGCAUUGUCAGUAUUCUAGUUUUGGCAUCUCAUAUCACAGCUACACCAGAUCAUUCGAUUGUGAAUUGGGUGGAAUCCUCUUCGGUGGUUUCAGCUGCCUGUCUCUCCUUUUCUUGUUCCUCCAUGAGUUUGUACAAUGCUUUCUGCGUUCGACGGUCAAGCUUAUCAAGCUUCUUCUGAACAUCCUUCCGCAGGUCCUAGUUUGGUUUCUUUGGAGCAAUGUUGAGGAAUGGAUCCUCUUUCUCCUCCAGUGGUGGAGGGGCUGCUGCAACAGGAUCUUCAAACUUUGGUAGCACUGGUGGAGCAAGCCUUCCCUCUUGAAGCUCCUUGGCUUGAGGUACAUAGUUGCGAAACCUCAACCCUUGAUUA